UUUCAACAUCACUCACCUUUUUCUUUCUCAAUCACAUUCACACACACCCUUCUACACUGAUUUUCCACCUUACUCAUAAUGCUAUUAUAGAUUAUAUGCUAUUUCAUAAAUCUUUGAUUCUUUCCCACAUCCACAAGACAAGACAACAAACAUUUCAAUGAGAACAUCAAAAUUUUCAUGUAGAGGAUUGGAUUAUCGUCUAUGUCUUCUAAUUGUUGCGGUUAUUCUGCUACUAUUUGCAACAGCUUCAAGAUUGAAUAUUCCAAAUGUUUCUUAUUAUUCCACCACAAUCACAAAUUUACAACAAAACUACAAUGAUCCUAAGAAAAUUCUUGUAUCGAAAGCAAAAGGGUACCCUCCGGUGUUCGCAUAUUGGAUAUUCGGCACGAAAGGAGAGACUAACAAGAUGAUGAGGUUGUUGCAAGCUAUAUAUCAUCCAAGAAAUCAGUACUUACUUCAACUCGACGAUUGUUCAUCCGAAUCCGAAAGAAUGAAUUUAGCUCUUUAUGUUAAAUCUUUUAAGGUUUUUGAGGAAUUCGGAAAUGUUAAUGUUGUUGGAAAGAGUUAUGGCAUGAAUAAGAUGGGAUCUUCUUCACUUUCUGCUUCUCUUCAUGCUUCUGCUAUGCUUCUUAAAUUGAACAAAGAUUGGGAUUGGUUCUUCACUUUGAGUGCUUCUCAUUAUCCUCUCAUGACUCAAGAUGAUAUUCUUCAUGCUUUCACAAACCUACCAACAAAUCUCAACUUUAUUCAUUACACUAACAAGACACUAAGGAACGAGCAAAGAAACAUGAAUCAAAUAGUGGUAGACCCAAGUUUACAUUCUGAAAAGAGUAGUCCACUUUACUUUGCUGUUGAGGCUAGAGAUACUCCCGAUGCUUUUAAGAUAUUUCGAGGUUCGCCUUGGAUGAUUCUUACAAGAUCUUUCAUGGAGUAUUGUAUAAAUGGAUGGGACAAUUUACCAAGAAGGUUACUAAUGUUUUUCAGCAAUGUAGCUUAUCCUAUGGAAUCAUAUUUCCACACAGUUCUAUGUAACUCUCAAGAGUUCAAAAACACUAUAGUAGACAAUAAUCUAAUUUACAGUCUUUUUGACGAUGAUCCGUCGGAAUCUCAAUUACUUGACAUGUCACAUUAUGAUACAAUGAUGGAAAUUGGCGCCGCAUUUGCGCGACCAUUUGGCGAAGAUGAACUUGUUCUAGAAAAAAUUGAUGAUUUGGUUCUUAAUAGAAGUUUGAAUGGAAUUGUUAAAGGAGAAUGGUGUUCAAGUUCAAAUUUAGAGAUAAACAAAAGUACAAAGGUUUCUGAAAUUGUGGAAGAUAACAUUGAUGUUGUAAAAGCAGGAUUGUUUGGGAUGAAACUUAGAACUCAAUUAGAUGAAAUUGUUAAUAGUGGGAGAUAUAGAACUAGUGAGUGUCAAUUUCAAUUGGUGUGACAAAAAAUGUGCAAUUACACAUUAAUUUAAUUGAAGUUAUUUUAUUCAUUUUUUAUUA